AUGCAAAAAAGUACGUUAGUUGAAUGUGUUCGAUUAUUAUCAAUCGAUAAUAUUAAUGAUCCAAAAUAUGCCACGAUCAUCGAACCAAAACUAAUUGAAGCUUACACAAAAUUACAAAUUAAUCACGAAGAAGUUGUGAGUGUUGUGGCAAAUAUCGCGGCUCGGAAUUUCUCCGAGACGGUCACGGUCGAAUGGAAAUACGUGUGUUUGUCACUGUAUUUGAUUAAAUCGUUGCUAGAUUUAACGGAAAAAUCGGACGAAAUAUUUUUGAGCGUGAAAGAAACUAAGGACUUUAAAAAAUUCCUGCGGACCCUUGUGCAUAUUGGAAUAUGCACGAAGCUUCAACCAAAUCUGCCCUUUUAUUCCAAAUCCGGAUUUCCCGAAAGCGAUGACAUAUUUUUGAAUUACAAUAUUCUAAAAUCAACCACUUUUGGUUUGGUAGAUUUUUUGAAAAUCCCGGUUUUUAGAUUUUCUCUAAUCCCAGAGGGGUUUAAAGAAAUCCUAGUAGCUUUAUACCAGCUAUCUUACUGUCCCUUAAAAAAACCAACCAGCACUAUUACCGGUGGAAUGACCAUAGAAAUCUACAAGAAAUUGCUGCAGGAACAAGAGCUCUUUAGAACGAUAUUAGAACAUCUGAAACAAACCGUUCAUCCGAGCAUAUUCGUUAAAAACACAAUGGCGAUUUUGCACAAAAACUCCCCGAUUUGGUUCAAAAAGCACGUUUCACUCGCCCUCACCGGCAUAUUACGAUCAGAAAACGGCGUAGAACUCGUUUCUGUGGCCCUAUUCGGAGACCACGAAAACGACUCGACCCGCACCUGGAAGAUCUUGGACGUAUUUUCGAAAUUGAUUUUGAGCUGCAAAAAAUUCCCGGACUUCAAAGACAACAUCUGCAAACAAUUAAUCGGGCUGUUGCACAAGCAGGAGGAAGAAAACUCGUUUAUCGAUAACGUAUUCGCGCAUUGCGCGAAAAAGUUUUACAAAGAAGACGAGGAAACUUGCCGAACUGUGUUCAUUAGAGAAAUUAUUACUCCGUUCGUUCAUUUUACUUAUAAGUCUCGAACGGUUGCCGAUGGAAAUAUUACUAGUAGAAUUGAACGGACUUCGAGACUGUUGCAUGCUGUGUUUGUGGAAAAUACUCAAGACGAAGACGCGGUUCCUGCGGUUAUUCUUCAGCCUGUAAUUAAUGUGGUUUACAAAUUUUACGUAUUAACCACAAACUCUUCAUUUAAAUCGCUAAAUAAUGAUUUAAAAGACAUCUUAUUGCUUUAUUUGGAGAAUCAACAAGAACAUUACAUACGAAUUUUUGAUAGAAUUUUAUUCGAUUUAGAUUGUUCCGAAAUAUUGCCGUUCAGAAACGACAUUUCUGUAAAAAUCGAUGUGGACAGAAUUCAAUUGAGAAAAUUGGAACAUUCUAUUAAAUAUUCAUCUGUAGAAAAUUGUGAAUGUCUUCUGAAACUACUAGAAAACAAACCGAAUUUACUCACUCUUUUCUUCUGUUACCUCUUAAAUUGCAUUUGUAAUGAGCAUAAAUACUUUCCCAGAGGCAACGAAGAUCUCUUGCGACUAGAAGAUGAUCUAACAUCGGAGUAUUUCGAAAGAAAAAUAGUUGUUUAUAAAGUACUUUCUCAAAUAUCAGAAGAAAAGUGCAUUCAAAAGCAAUUAAACGAAAAUCCAACAGACUUAAUUCGGUAUAUCAACAACGUUUUGGAUAAAACCAUCCAAUUAAAGACUCAUCUAGUUCAGGACGCCGAUAGUGAAGGAUUUCAAUCUGUUUUCACUAUCCUUAUGAUUUUGGAAAAUUUAUUAUCCAAUUCACAAAAAUCUAGCCAUACGAGUUUUGAGUUAUUAUCCGGGCUUUUAAUAAAAAUCCACUCAGAAACUCCCAACACAGAAAUGAAAGAUAUCAUUGGGAAAAUUUUGAAACUCAUUGAAAAAGGCGAUACAAAUAUUCCUAAAAUUAAACUUAAAGUAAAAAGUGAUUUAGAUAAAGCAAUUGAUGAUAUUUGCGAUCCUAUGCUUCCUACUAGAGGUCACGGAUUGUUAACACUCACAAAGUUAAUAGAGAAGAAGGAUAAGAACACUAUGGAGAGGAAGCAGUUUGUUCUAAAUCUGCUACAACAAAAUCUGACGAACAAAGACUCAUUUAUAUACCUAACCGCCAUAAAUGGUCUUGCUGCAAUGGCCGAUCAUUUCCCAGACACUAUUUUAAGUAUUUUAUGCGAGGAAUAUUCGGAUUCUAACAGAAAAGAUUCGGAGGACAAUGCAGAAAUUAGAAUGAAAAUUGGCGAGGUUUUGGUAAAGGUCACUAAAGUUUUAGGGGAAAUGGCACCGAAACACAAACCGUUGCUCUUAAACACAUUUUUAUCGGGAACCAAAGACCAUGACGACCUGAUACGUUCGUCUAGUUUAUCGAAUUUGGGUGAGAUUUGUCGAGUUUUAGGAUACAAACUCGGAACCAUGUUCACCGAGGUGCUGGUGUGCGUACACUCGAUAAUAUCCACGGAUAAAUCACCGCAAGCCCGUCGUGCUGCCGUUACAGUAAUCAGACAGUUAUUCGUCGGUCUCGAUCAAGAAAUCAUAGCGUUCUUCAAAGAUGAUAUCUUGCCGGUUUAUCGCACGCUUAAGCACAUAUACAACAGCGAUAAGGACGACGUCAUGAGGCUGCAGGCGCAACUGGCUUUGGAGGAGUUGAAUGAGAGCAUGAAAAAUUUCGUGUUUCCGAAACCCGAGUUGAAUUUCGACAAGAAGAUCGUCAUGCUGGAUUAA